AUGAAUCUAAAAAGGAAAAAGAAAAGAGAAAAGAUCAGGAAAACAGACAAUGUGGGACACGUCAGCUCCGUUCCUUAUGGCAUUGUCACAGUCAUCCUUAAACUUCUGAAAAGCGCUUCCCAUAUAAUCAACGGCCUCGACAACAUUCAUCUCCUUCACUGUCUUGUGAGGGAAAAUGUCAGAGUUAUCAUGGUCGCCUUUCAGAACAGCACACAUUUGGACAAGCUCUUGUUGAAAUUGCUGGAAUUGAAGAAUGCUCAAACUCUGACGUGGGAUAUGGCCCGGAAGGUCCAUCUUUGCGGCUCAGGGCUGACAAUGCCGUCUGGGCUGGGAAUGCCAGCCACUGGUGUUGGCACGUGGUCAAUGUGCUCCCACUGGGGGCUCGAUCUCAGGGACUCGUACACUUCCUUCACUAACCUCUGCCCUUCCGAGAUGUCGUGGGGCGGGUGGUCGUCGUUGCCCGGGACGAGUUUGCUUUCGAAGUAUCUUGGCUCGAUUACGACGUAG